AAUCUGGGAUAUGGGGGGUGUUUCUUCUAAUAGUUCCUAUCUCUGUACUUGGAUCCUUGUACUGCUUGCCAGCGCCUCCUCCUCCGCCUCCGCCUCCACCGGCACUGGCAAUGCUGGCCCCACUGCCGCUCCGGUUCGGCGGCUUCGUCUUCUUCAGAGCGGCAGCCACCACCAAGGAUGAGGAGCAGGCGGACUGGGCCGCCUUGGCCGCCGCCGAAAGGGGUUUGUGGUGCUUGCCAUUGGUCUUCGCCUUCCGGUCGCCAUUGGAGGAUUCGGUGGUCGACGAUCCACUGCUGGUGGUUUCGCUAUCCGAUUCCGACUCACUGCCAGCACUGGAGGAGCUGCCCGAUCCGGACUCCGGUUCAGAUUCGGUGGAGCUCUCGUUACUCGAACCCUCCUCCUCGCUGGAGGAGCGACGUUUGCUCUUUUUUUUAGUCGCCAGCGGAAUAGGUGGUCCCGCACCACCCCCAAAGGAUCCCCUUUUAUUCCUGAUGGCCUUCGCGGGCGGUGGCGGUUUGGUGGCGUCUAUGGAAUUCUGCCUGCUGGUGGUGGUGGUGGUGCCAGAACCGGCACCAUCCGAUUCACUGGCCUCAUUUACCGAACCACUGCCGGGUGCCCGCUUCUUCUUGCGAAUCACUCGAACCACUUUACGGACACCACGCGGCACUGCCACGGGCACCCCCUGGGACUUAUCCACCUUGAGCGGGGAGAACUAAGCACCACCGAUCCACCGAUCCACUGAACCACUGAUCCACUGCAGUGGGUGGUGCUGAGGGUGGAGUGUAGACGGUGCGGUGCUCUACACAACAACAAAAAUUUAAGGCCGACAUUAAAAAACUUUAAAUUUGUCACGAAAAAUGGCAUUUAACAAGUUUUAAACCUAUUUUUGAAACCAAUUUCCUUCAUACAAAUUAAAAAAGUGGCAUAUCAACAUAAAUGGGCUAUACAAAUUAUCAAGAAUUGAACUAAUUUUAGUGCCACCACUUUUUAUGAGGCAGAUAAAAGCUGUUCGAGCUAUGGAAAUUAUUUUCCAAUGAAUAUUUAAAAAGGUUUCUUUCAUAUGUUUAGUUUACCAUUAAUAUGAGGUAAACACAUAGAGAAUAAACGAAAAAUUUUAUAACAUAUCAUUUAGUUAAGAUUAAUUUUACAAGUUUUUUUUGCAUUAUUAUGAACUCUUACGCAAGUUCAAUCUUUAAGCAUUCUUUUAAAAUUAUAUAUUAAAUUUGUAUUUCUAUUUCAUUUUUAAUCUGCCAUUUGUUUUGAUUUUUGUGGGUUCGGUGGUUUCAAACAAAAAGGUUUCAAACUUCUAAAAUCCACUUUUAACCAUACAAACUUAAAAUACUUUUUCUCCCGGUGUACUGUGGCAGGCUUUGGCCUAGUUUUAUUUUCGGUCACUUGACGUUUCGUUCGCUUUGUGUGCAGAUCAAUCGAUCGAUCGAUCUUCAAAUAGCAAAAAAAUGCAAACACGCGGCACCACCGAAACAGCAACAAAAUAAAAUAUCACAGAAAAUAAAAAAUUGAGAAGAACCGAAAUAGUACGCGAUCUUCGAAUUUUCGGCUCGAUUUUUUUUUUUUUUUUGUAGGAGAACGAGAGGCACUGCUCCGAUCGAUCGAUACGUUCCGGUCCGCUUUCAAUCCCACGAUCCGAUCGCUCGAGCUUCCGUUGAACAAUUGGCGACAAAAAAAAUGGAAAAAAGCAGAGGACAACACGAGCGGCAGUUAAGAUACACAGAGAUCGCACACGAGUGCCACACGAACAGCAGUCGGCGGUUCCACAUGUGAUCCACAACAACACACACCGAAAAUCGCGACAAGGUGAGGACGGAGGGGGGCACUGAAGACCCGAAGACAGAAGAAAGACAGUGGCAGCCAAGCGUGGUGAAGCAUGCCACAGCCACGCCCCUUAAGGCCCCCCGCCUCCUUUCGCCGACAGCCGACUGACAGUUCAAUGCGGCGGAGAAGAAGAAGAAGGUGGGGCAGAAGAAUCGCAUUAAAGAAUAGGGCGCAGAAGAGCAAUCAAAGGAUAUACGCAACAAGUGCAAAUCAAAUUUAUUUUGCUUUAAUUAAUCAAUUAGUAACCCAAAUUCAACGAAAAUGAAAUCACAAGAGGCCAAGAAGAAAUAACCCGCUUCUGGCAUUGACAUUGUUUUUCAUUGCCUUAAAAUGCAGAUAAGGAUCAUUUCAGAAAUGCAUUUUAUUCAUUUAAGCACAUUUCACACACAUAAAUAAUGAGAGGCAAGAUAUUAAAAGUGAUUUCGAUCAUUGCCUAUUUAAAAUUUCGUAAUUUCAGUGGCACUAAAUGAAUUAUCAAUAUUCUUUGUUCGUUAUUUUCAAGUGAAAUUGAUAUACCUUUAAUUAGAAUACCUUUUAAGAGCUCACUUUUGACCACCAAAAUACACAACUAUGAAAACUU